GCUCAAGCCAUUUUGGCUCUUGGCCCAACAAACCUGGUGGCCCCAGAAAACCGAGAGGGGCCAGGCACCUCGCACUCGCCACUUCCAGAUGGCCCUGCCGCGAUGAGUGGCCGGCUUGCGCCGCUCCCGGAAGCCGGGGCGUCCGGUUCGGGAGAGGACACGGCGCCAAGCCCGGUGUUGCUGGCCUCUGAGGAGCGCGGCCAGUCCGGCAUGGUAACCGCGCCGACAGAGCAGAGGCGGCCGCCACCGCAUCUUGUGGACGGGCAACCAGGCCACCUCCAUCUGCCGGGACACCACCAACAGCCGCAGCAGCAGAAGCAGCAGCAGCACUUCACUGGCCCGGUCGCCAUGCAGGCUGGACCUGCAGGGCAACACCACAGUGGAUAUUGUUGGCCCACUUUCCCCAGCGCCCACGGGCCACCAGGCCAAUGGGUUUGGGUACCAGCAGGUUGGGGCCUUCACCUCUUCCCGCCCGCUGGCGCCGACCGUGCGGCUGCGCUCGCGGGGGACUUGCAAGCAGACGUGGCAGCUCCUACGACCCCGCCGCCCCGUGCAGCCAAAACGAAUGCACCCGGCUCCCCAAUGGGUUCGGGUGGGCCGGCGACACCGACACUACCGAUCGUGCCGCCGAUGCCAUCGCUUUCUGAAGAGCUCUCAGGAGAGCCUUCUCAUGGCUACGAUGAACGGGCCGUGCGCCCCUGCGGAGCUGAUGAGUCUGCGCCUCAGGCUGCCAGGGUUGAGGCUUCCGAGGCCCCGACCGCCGCCGCUGGCACGGGACACCAGGGUAGCCCACUUCUGCCACACCAUGGUAAAGCAGCAGCUGAUCUUCGGGGAGCCGCUGCCCGGGACGAGGAGGAUGGAGCGCCUCCUGUGCCACCCCAUGAGCAUGCAGAUGUAGGCCUUCGUGAUGCCGCUGUCUGGGACGAGGAGGAGGGCGAGCCCCGGGAGACCCCUGCUCCAGGCACUCCCACUCCCGCGAAGAUGCCGUCAGGGGGUGAACAUCCUGAGGAAGCUGGUUUCGGCCAGUUACGGGACCAGCUUCCUACCAUACGUGAGGGAGCUGUCCGUGCCACUGCGGAUGCUGCCGCAGCUCAGGACCGUGAGCCUGCCGAGUCAGGCGCCACCGCCGAGGCCGACGACCUCGUCCCGGUCCCCGCCUCCCUCAUCGUGCAUUGCAUCGAGACGGCGGAGCGUCUCGACCUUCCCGCCAUAAUCGUUCACCCAGAGUACGAGACUGCGGAAUACGUGCCGGCUACCUUGAAGCGCGAGCACGACUUGCAGUGGGUCGCUCGCUUCUGCUGGCGCGAGGUGCUCCAGCGGUCACCGCCAAAGAAGUUGACUGCUUGGAUGCUAUGCCGGAGUGAGGGCGAGCAGACGUCCAUCCUCAAAGGAGGGGGCACUACUGUUUUCAGCCACCUCCAUGACUUGCCUGAGACUGCGAUAGUCACAGUGGUGAUCGGCAGACUCUCUGACCUCAGUACUUUUGAAGCUGCUUUGAAGAUCUCUUGAUCGGUCGGGCGCUGCCCUUGCUCUAGUUAUGCUCGUUGUCAACGACUGCGGAGACUCUGAGCUGGCUUUCUGUUUGGCCGGACGGCCGUGUCUGCGAAGCCGACUGCAGCAAGGCAUUCACGUCAUCGCGUGCCGCUUCGGGCGCAUGCUCAAUUCGCCCCUCGCGUCGUAACGGCGCUUGCCGCUUGCGUCUCGCGUGAGACACUGUAGCAUGGCCUUCCUGUGGGCCAGGAGACCCUCCGAGCCCGUGCACGUUUUCUACGCCGCCGCCGGUGGCGAUAGUCGCCGUGCGCUCGCUCACCGCAUCAACGCCGCAGCUUGAGUUUGCUGGCCAGGCUUCGCUGGAGGCACCGAGCAGCUGAUUUAAGCAUGAGAGACACGAGGAGACUGCAAUACCCUGCGCAACAAACAA